AUCGACACUCACGCGACACCACGACCUCAACAACUCCGCCGGCAAUGACUCCAAGAGCCAUGGUGCCAGCCUUGGUGCUGCUGCUGCUGACGGCGGCCGGCACGGCGCUCGGUCAAUCCCAUCUUGACAAUGGCAGGAUGGCACACGAGGCCAAGAGUGCACAUCGAUCCUUCUCCAGCAGAAUCAGCGCGGUUGCAAACGACACUGUCGAGCCCUGCGCGGCCCUCAGCCAAGCCUUCGAAGCCGCUGCCUCCACCAAUGCGAAGAAGGGCAAGGGGCUAGUCGUCCUCGACGUAAGGCCCUCGGUGGCCACCGCGUGUCUCAAGUCGGUCCCUCUCACCAAAGAUCGAGCAGCGGCCCUCGUCGACUACCUAACGCCGUAUAUGGAAUGGCAUUCUACAACGGAGAUUCUCAAAAAUCCACCAGAGGGCUACCUUGUGCCCGGAGUCGACAUCUUCGGGGGAAUGCAGGCCAUCAAACAGAAGCUCCAAGGCGACGGCUAUAAGUCUCAGUACGAGGUCAUGACCGAUUUGCAAAACAUCAUCAUCGCCGCCAACGAUAAUCACCUCAUCUACACCCCGGGCAUGCUCGGCGCCUUCCGCCUGAUGCGCCCCGAUUUCGAUUUCAUGUCCAUUUCCGAAGACGGGCGAAAGACGCCAGAGAUCUUCUUCGCGCGAGACAUCUAUACGCAAAGCAACGGCACCAGAGCUUCGUCAUCUCCCAUUGCCAGCAUCGACGGCCAGGACAUCCACGAGUUCCUCGAGAACGAAAGUCUCAAAUAUCCGCAGAACUUUCAAGAUCCGGACGCACAGUUAAACGUCUUUUUCAGCUCGACACCCCUGAAUGCCGUUGGCGUCUCAUCCAUGGCCAUUACCUCUGUUCUGGAGAUCCCCGACUCGUACAAUAUCACAUACAAAAACGGCACGUCCCGGCAGGUGACCAACGCCGUUGUCGUUCCGGCAGCCGUGUCGCUCGCCGGCAUCCGCUCGGGCGUCGACUUCCAGAAGAAAUUCGAAAUUCCCAUGAACAGAGGCAACAAGCCGGGACCCCCACCUAAAAAACCCCAGCCCAAGCCUCCCGCUCCCAAGCCAACCGUGAAGGGCUACCCGUUUCCCGUUGCCAAGCACCCCAACGAUCUGAUCGCAGGGUAUAUGCUCAACCAGACGGGCUUCCAAGACACUGCCGUCAUCUCGUUUCUCGGCUUCUCUCCAAUAGACGGCAGCGGCGACGACGACAGCGAAGAGCAAUUUGCGGCGCAGGUCCGCCAGGCUGGAGACGUCAUCACGCAAACGGCCAAGGUGGCCAAGCAACAGGGUCGAGACAAGGUCAUCAUCGACAUGUCCGCCAACGGCGGCGGCUUGCUCAACUUGGCUGACUUCACGUACACCACUCUCUUCCCAGGCGCCCGCUUCGAUGCUUUCGAUCGGUACCGCCACAGCACCGGUCUCGACUUCUUUACCCGAGUGGCGCCUUACCGAGAUUCAGCGCAGUUUCUGGUCGCGCCUCUAGGCUUCCCGCAAGGCCCCGACAACCGUCCCAUCGAAGAUCCUAACGCGUUCUUCUCGCCCCAGGAAGUCAAAGGGCAGAACAUGACAGCCGCUUUCAUAUCGGACAAGACGGCUCCUCUUACUAUGAACAGGGAACUGUUCCUGCCAGGAUACGGUCCCAGUGAUGCAAACAGGCCUAUGAAGCCGCUCUGGGAGCCGCAAAACAUGGUCAUCCUCACCGACGGGCUUUGCGCCUCAGCCUGCUCCAUUUUCGUGGGCCUCUUGGUCCGGAACUUUGGCAUCCGCACGAUAGCCCUUGGCGGCCGUGCAAUGAACCAGCCCAUGCAAGCCAUCGGCGGCGUCAGGGGCUCGCAAGUUCUAUCCAACAGCGAAAUUCAGGGAGUGGUGGGCCAAGCUCUCGAAGAAAGCCGUCGGCAGCGACGAGGCAGGUACCAGCGCGCCCCCGAUCAAAAUGAAAAAACACUAGGUCUUGGAGAUCCGCCGUUGCUCCCCUUUCUGGAUGGACCGGCAGGCGGGUCAAUCAACGCGCGCAACGCGUACAGUCAGAACGACACGACGGGCUUCCCCCUGCACUUCCAGUACCAGGCGGCCAACUGUAGGCUCUUUUUCACCCGAGAGAUGGUCUUGGAUGUGACGGAAGCAUGGCGCCAGGCGGCCAGUGUCGCGUUCAAGAACGGAACGUGUGUUCCUGGAUCUACCGUCAACGAGGACGGAACCAUGGGAGCCACGACGCCCGGGUUUAACCCAAGUGUCAAGAGCCGGGGCAAGGGCGUUCCCGUACCCUCUCUAUCGCCUUAGCAAUAGCUCAAGUAUAUGGUUGUGACAAUCUUCGCUAGGUACAUAUAUAGUCCCAUGGUUUCACAAACUAAUGCU